CGCCGAUGAGAGCCCCCCGGGCGCCGCGGCCCCUGACGGCCAGGCCUGGCCGGGCUCCGUGCACCCCGCCGAGGUGCAGGUGAAGACGCCGCGCGUCAACUGCCCCGAGAAGGUGAUCAUCUGUCUGGACCUCUCGGAAGAGAUGUCCCUGCCCAAGCUGGAGUCCUUCAACGGCUCCAAGACCAACGCGCUCAACAUCUCGCAGAAGAUGAUCGAGAUGUUCGUGCGGACCAAGCACAAGAUCGACAAGAGCCACGAGUUUGCGCUGCUUGUGGUCAACAACGACGCCACGUGGCUCUCAGGCUUCCCCUCGGACCCCCCGUCGGCGUGCCCCUGUGUGCAGUGACCGUCCUUAGCUGCAGCUCCAGACCUGGAGGGGCUCUUCAACCUCAUCCAGCAGAAGAUCGAGCUGCCGGUGACGGAGAACGUGCAGACCAUCCCGCCGCCCUACGUGGUGCGAACCAUCCUGGUGUUCAGCUGCCCUGCCUGCCCGCCCCAGUUCUCCGCCACCGAGCACAUGAAGAAGAUGCUCCAGUGCCCCUACUUCUUUUUCGACGUUGUUUACAUCCAUAAUGGGGCUGAGGACAAGGAGGAGGAGACGAGCUGGAAGGAGAUGUACGCCUUCUUCAGCAGCCUGGACACCAAGGGCACCAACUACAAGUACGAGGUGUCACUGACGGGGCCGGCUGUGGAGCUGCACAACUGCAUGGCCAAGCUGCUGGCGCACCCGUUGCAGCGGCCGUUCCAGAGCCACGCGGCCUACAGCCUGCUCGAGGAGGACACGGUGGCCGAGAGCGAGGCCACCGUGUGAGCGCCA